GGUUAAUAUAAAAAUGCUAGCUACUUUACGGUAAUGUUGACACGAAAUAAAGUUUUCGAAAUUUUCAUUUAAUUUGUUCGUAUCAAUUCAUUGCAAUGCUUUCUGUUUUACAAGUUGGUGAAAUAAGAGUUGCAGAUGACUCUGACUUUCGCAAAUUGAAGAAUUUAGAUGAAGACACAGAUAAUUGGAAACUGGAGUAUCAGAAAAAUAACACGUCAGUUUGGACCAAAACUAACGAAGUUUCCUCCUUCAAAAUAGUGAAGGUUAGGACAACAUUUGAUGACAUAGCUGGUGAAACAUUGUAUGAUGUUUUACAUGAUCCUGAAUACAGGAAGGCAUGGGACCAUUCUAUGCUGGAAGGAUAUGAAAUCUGUGCUAUUAAUCCAAACAACGACAUUGGUUACUAUGCCUUGAAGAGUCCACCACCUUUAAGAAACAGAGAUUUUGUUACACAGAGGUCAUGGUUAGAUAUGGGAAAAGAGAAGUGGAUCAUCAACCAUUCUGUAAACCAUGAGAGUGUUCCACCAAGGAAAGGUUAUAUACGUGGUAUUUCAUACUUGACUGGUUAUCUAAUUAGACAACAGGGACAGAAUAAAUGUCAGUUUACAUAUGUGUCCCAGUCCGAUCCUAGAGGUAAAUUACCUGUCUGGGUUGUGAACAAAGCAACAAAGAUACUUGCUCCAAAGAUUAUAAGCCGUAUCCAGAAAGCAUGUAAAGGCUAUCCCAGCUGGAAGUCCAAAAACAAUCCCCACCUGAAACCGUGGAUGUUCCCGGAACAGAUGACUUUACCACGUCUAGACAUGUCCCAGAUUAAACCGUUAGCUGCGGGAGUCUCAUCUGAGUCGCUGGACGAGAGUGGUAUCAACGAAGACGAGGUUGAUGCUGAAGAAUAUGUUAAUGAUUAAUAUUUAGGCAGUUUUAGGGUUUAUAAUUUAGUUUUCUUCUUACUGUUAUCCCUUACCACAUAGACUGAAAGAUUUACCCUUUGAUUCUGUGUGACUGUGAAAUUAUUAUUUUUUUUUAAAUUUAAGAUGACUAGAAAUAAAUGUAGUAU